AUGAAACGGUUUGAAUCUGCUUCGCUGCUCUUCACCCCACCGAAUUCACCAUCACAACGAUCUUCCAUUCGUCUAGGUCCGCCCACCGUAACUGGAAUUACAGCCACUCCAAGUACAACUGUGCCCGGCUCU